GUCUCACCCGGAACGAGCCCGCAAGCCAGCCACAGUGGUUGGAAGAAGAUGGGCGACAAGUUACGAUGGAAGAAGGGUCGAUCAGGCCAUGGCUCAGGAUCUAGUACGAAUAGUUUGCAGCAUCCUAUGAGUCGGGAAGGAAGUGCGGAACCUGGUUUAUGAGGGCGACAGGUCACGUCGUCACCGAAUGACAUUUUUUCUAUUAUCCCCAUUCCAGUUAUAGCUCCUAUGGAACAUCCUGUCGCAGGAUAUUCAAGCCAUCGACAAGAUCACAAGAAGACUGCUUUUGUGCACGGUGGAACCAGUUUGAGGCUUAGUGACAGUGAUAAAGGGGGAUCAUCUGUUUUAGAAGCCCAUCCUGGAUCGCCAGUCGAAAUCACCGGACGUCGGCCAUUCCUACCGAUGUCAGCCACAGCACAACGUCUCUAUCAUGGGAGCGACGAAGAACUCUUGAAAUUUGAGAGAACGAAAUUGGGGAAAAUAGAAGAAGGUGUCACGAAGGAUGGCGUGGCCGCAAAAGGAAUAUCCUCUGUCGGAAACAGAGGCGCAAAUAGCGAAAACGAUAGCGCGAAGUUGCCCGCGAAGAGGAUGCAGGUAGCAGGCCCCCAGCCAUUCUACAUUCCUGCAAAAGUGCCAGAGGAUGAAGAAAUCCCAGAGGUACCGACACCUACGGUGUCUACGGUGCCUCCAGUGUCUACUCCAGGUUCGGUAACUGGGGACGACAAGAGCAUCGUUGAUACGUCUCUGGAAAGCACUGCUAUGGAUUUCGAUUUCGAGACGGACAACGGAGUAUGGAUUUCCGCCCAUCCUAUUGCCCACGAAUCUCGAGCCAGCCUUUCAACCACCACAACUGCGCCUAGCACUCUCAUGGAUGAUCGAUACAGUCAAUACAGUCAUGCAGCGUUGACGCUCGACACCAGCGUGGCAAGUUCCGCAGUAAGCAUGAUGUCCUCCACAGGAAGCAUUCAGUCUGCCUCGACGGCUACCUCUUCAGACAUUUAUGGCUGGGAAGAAGAGCUGGACCGCAAAGUCAGCCUCGAAUCGGGCAACUGGGGCUACGUUCAUAGAAUACCGCAGGGCGGGCGGAUGGUGGUUGGACCUCGAGGUCGAGGAGGCGUGCAAGAUUAUCGGUCCGGAGUGCCGGAUAGGAAGAGAAAAAGUUUGCUUUACAGGGUUCUGAACCUGUCCGGCUCGCGGAAAGCAUCGGUGGAAGAUGUUUCCAUUUCCGGAGCUAUCUGUCCCCAAAAUGAUUGUCCGACUACUUCUGCUUGAGCGUUUCUUUUUUUGGCAUUGCUGGCGUUGGGAUACCUUCACAAAGAGAUUUUUUUUGGUCAAUC